AUGCAGUUAUCUUCCCAAGGAGCGUUACAUGAUGAGAUCGAUUUUGAGUUCUUGGGCAACUUGUCAGGAGAUCCAUACAUAGUCCACACCAAUAUUUUCACCCAAGGUAAGGUGAACAGAGAGCAACAGUUCUAUGUCUGGUUCGACCCAACAAUUGCCCUUCACACCUAUUCCAUCGUCUGGAAACCCCGACGCAUCAUUUUCAUGGUGGAUAAUAUUCCGUUAAGAGUGUUUGAUAAAAACGAAGCAAUUGGCGUUCCAUUCCCGAACAGCCAAGCAAUGAGAGUUUACUCCAGCAUUUGGAAUGCGGACAACUGGGCAACACAAGGCGGUAGAGUGAAGACAGAUUGUACUAAAGCUCAUUUUACAGCCUCUUACAAGAAUUUCAAUGCCAAUGCUUGUGUUUGGUCAUCUAAUAAUACAUCAUCUUGUGGCUCUAACACUAAUUCCAUGACAAGCACUGCUACUUGGAUGAACCGACAACUUUAUGUCAAGAGACUGAAAUGGGUUCAAAAGAAUGCUCAUAACUACUGCACUGACUUCAAACGUUUCCCUCAGGGUCUCACUCCUGAAUGCAACCAAUCCAGCCUCCACUAA